AAUACGACUUUUGCAUUAUUUGUGAUGACAAGGAAUUUGAGAGGGGAUUAGUGUUUAGAUUACAAGAGAAAAGGCCAUCUCUUAAGUGUAUGUUUGAAGAAAAUUGGAUAUACGGAAAAUUUUGCCUUACAAACUUAAUCAUUCCAACGCAAGAGUCUCGGAAAGUUAUAAUAGUUUUUUCAGAAAAUCCUAAGAAUGAAAAUGGAAUAUUAGCGGCAUAUAAAGUUGUUUCUGACGCGACACGCGACAUGAAACUGAAGCAAGGAAAGUUAAUAUCAGUGAAGUUAACACCCAACGCUAUUAUACCAGACGCCGUUGAUUUAUUUACGACAGCUGAGGCCUGGGAUCAGAGAUUCAUUGAAAGGCUAUUAGAAUCAUUAGAUGAUACUGAACCUCAACAUUUGAUAUCUAGUGACGAAGAUGCACUGCAGCCUUGUUUCGAGGCAAUCAAGCUACAUUAUUGCCAAACACGGAACCAAAUUCAAUUAUUGCCAUUUGAUCGGUCUAAUAUUGUCAACAUGGACACGCUAUUUACCAAUCUGGUAAUGGUCAUAGAACUUCUGAAUCCAACAGAGAAAUUCAAAGUACCUCUUGACUCUUACCAUGAUAUAUUUAAGAGACCUGGCAGUGAUACUCCAGUAAAUCGCGUAUUAGUAUAUGGUAAAGCCGGGAUUGGUAAGUCAACCCUAAUCAACAAAAUAGCUUAUGAUUGGGCAAGUGAAAAUAAAGAAUCACCGAUAACAAAUUUUAAGCUUGUGAUAGCUUUAAGCAUGCAGACAAUUUCUUCAAACGAAGAUAUUGUUGAGGCUAUGUUCGAACAUGGCAUUCUGACUGAGGAAUACAUGGAAUAUAAAGCUCAUUUGCAUCGAUUUAUAAGGCACCACUCCAAUAAGGUCGCUGUACUUCUUGACGCCUGUGAUGAAUACAAGCCAGUGAGUAUUGAGAGCCCAGAUAACGGCGAAAUAUUAAAGCUUCUAGAAAAUAAAUAUCUUAGAUCAAGUUUUGUAUGCGUAACAUCACGGCCAUGGAGAAUAGACGAGUUCAAGAAACACAGAGGGACCUACCUACACUGUGAAUUACAAGGUUUCUCUGAAAAGGAUGUAGCGUACUACGUAAAUCAGUUCUUUCUAAGAGAUGCUGACAAAGAAAGGAGUCUAAUCGCAUACUUACGAAAUAAUGGACUGAUUAGUGGUAUUGCAACGCUUCCAAUGAUGACAAUGUUUCUCUGCUGGUUGUGGAAGGACAACGUUUUAGUAAAUCCACCAGAAACAAUAAGUGAACUAUAUGAUGAGAUUUUAGAUUACAUAUUCAACAGAUAUGAAGACAAGGAUAAGGAUAAUGUAAAACAGAUUGAAAUGUAUCAGGUUGAAGUUCUGAAAAGAUUAAGUAUCGUUGGACUGGAAGGGUUAUUUACAAACAAUCUCAAAUUUCGAGAAGAAGAAAUUAAUAAAAAUACAACAAUAAGCGAAAAUGCCCCACCAAAUACUGUUACUCGUAUUGCAUGUAAGAUAGGGUUACUGAUGAAAGAUACGGAACCAGGAAAUGUGCAAUACAGUUAUUUAAAGGAUAAAGACACAGAUUCAGAUAACAAACAAACUUUCCACAGGAAAAGAAGAAAAAUGACACAAGAGGUCUUGGUACUUUUCUUUCACAAAACUGCGCAGGAAAAAUGUGCAGCACAAUUUGCUGCUACAUUGGUACAUGACGAUCCAGAACAAUUCAGAUCUUACAUGGGUAAAAUAUGUUCUGUUAAAGAUGCUCUCCAAUUUGAGAUGUUUCUUCUGUUCUUGAGCGGUACUAAUACAGAUAGUGCAACAUUAGUUUUAAACAAACUUUUGGAGAUUUUUGUAAAUGAGCUCUCAAGCAAUAGUGAUAGAUAUCUUAAUGGCAAGCUCUCUUUCGAAGAAAGUAUGGCCUUUCAGCAGUACACAGAGCUAUGCAUUCGUUGCUAUCACGAGAGUAAAUGUUCUGGUUCGCUGAAUGACAUCAUGACUCUUAUCUUCAAGCAAGGGCACAUGAGAUUUAGCAAUUUUUCUACGACACUUGCCAAAUCUCUGAGUUACCUUCUAAAGUUCAGCCAAAUGUUUACAAAUGUAAACCUAAAUAUAUUCAAAAUUGAAUUGAUGAAUAUAUGUAUUAAAACGAACAAAGAGAUAAGCACGUUGUGGGAAAUGUUUCCAGUUGAUGAAACGGAAUUUACCGAAAAGGUGAAAAUAUAUUCUCUCAUGCCGAAAGAAGAAAUAGAUGAGCACAUGAGAGAGUGCCAGAUGGAAAAGCUACCUCCAGUUUUUCACCAAUUUCCUGCAAAUCAACGUUUAUCAUUCUUGAGAACAUAUCAGAUCACAGAUGAUCACAGAAGUAAUGACACAGAUGUAAAGCCUAUUUUCGAGUCACUUCAGAGAGUAAAUAUUCGUGAGUUCACAUUCCUUGGAUUUGACUUGGCUACUAUGACAGAUUUUUUACCAUAUGCCAUAAGUAAAUCUUCCCUUACAGUCUUAAAUCUUACUAGUGCCAACGUUGGACCUGAAGUCUGCAGGGUAGUGGCAAUGUCAUUUAAAAAGACUCACAACUUGAGGCAAUUAAUCCUGAAAAAUAAUCCACUGCAAGAUGGUAUAGGUUUUCUAGCAGAAAAUUUCCAAUACAUUGACAAAUUGACACAUUUAAAUGUAAGUUAUUGUCCUGUGUCUGAAAGUGGGAUGAUCACCUUGUCACAAAACCUUCACAUAUUAAAGUUGCUUCAGGUACUUUCAAUCUACCGGUUAUUCGACAAGGCUAGUGAAAAAUUUGGCCAAGGCAUACAGGGCAUGAACUGUCUACAAGAAUUAACACUUCCGCUGCAAGGAGUAUCUAUACCCACAGCAUAUAUAAUAGUUCAACAAGCAUGUCAAUGUCACCAACUGGUUGUGUUGAAGAUUACGGACAUGACAGAAAACUGUGACAAUAUUGUAAGUUGUGCAGCUGAAAAUCUGACUGAUAUGCCGUAUUUGAAAAUUUUGAGUCUUUAUGGUAAGCGAGAUGAAGGUGAAAUAGAAGUAAUUAAAAAAAACUGUACACUUACAAACGGUACGUGUGACGCAUUGGUAAAAAUGUUACAACGAAUUGUUUCACUCAAACGUCUUCAAAUCGUCAGCUUAUGGAUGUCUAACGAAGGACUACGAAAAGUAGCAGAUUUAUGCGAAAACCAUUGUAAUUUAAUGAUAUUUCGGUAUUCUGGAGAAUGUCUACCGAGCGGUAUGGAGAUUGAAAACUUUAAAAAAAUUCAGCUCUACUAGAAACCAAAAUUGGAGGUAAUCUCCAUGUCAACUUUGUGACUCGGAUAUAAACAUAAAUAUUUAAGUUUUUGCAGUAUUUCCUCCAGUUUCUGUAAAGAUUGAGUAUUCUAAACAAAUAUCUUAGAACGUCCAUACGAAUGCAAUGUGUAACGUACACUAUUACCAGAACAAUGUCCAAUAGAUGGAAAUUCUCAAACUAAGUUCGUAGGCAUCAUUUGCUAAAUGUUGUCAACAACGUGAAUUCUCAUGACCAGGUGUAAUGAGUAUAUUAUAUUUUUUUGGUAUUUAUUGUAAGUUACAAUUGACAUUACAAAAUGGAGAGUUUCUUUACCAAACUUAAUAACUCAUUUGCAUAAUGACAUGGGUGCAAAUUAGUUAGGUGUUAUAUUAUACAUUGAUUAAUUAGUGGUAGUUGGCUCAUUUAGAAAUGAUGCCAUAAGUUGAUUGGAUCAUAUUAUGAGAUUACAGUAUAUUGUAAUUGAUUUAUUUACUAACAUUGAGCAUUUAUGAUUUGUGGCAAUUUUGAAGUAAUUAAGUCUGGUUGCAACGCUCGAAAAUAGAGGUUGGCAUUCUUUCAGUUAAGGAACAAAAUCUCUUGUUUUUUGUGCCAAAGAUAAAUUGAAGAUAUAUAAUCAUUUAUGUUGGCUGAUUAUAUGUGUAUUUAAAACCGUUAUUAGUGAAGACGAAGGUGUUGUGUGUGGUGAUGGUGUGAUUAACGAAGUAACGCUACAGAAGAAAACCUAUGUUUUACAGGAAAUACAAGAAACUAGAAGUAGAAUUGACUAUAGAAGGCAGUAUUAGUAAUAUUAUUACCCGUUAUUAUUACCCAAUAUAAUAUUAUAUAAUAAAUAAUAUAGUGGCAGAGAAAUGAAAUUGAUUUUUUUUGUUAUGUAAUUGGAACGUCAUCGGAGGACGAAAGUGAUACUACUAAAAUCGCUUGCUGCUAAUUGGUCUGAACAACGCAGAAUUUGGCUGGAAAACGCAUAAUUGGUCUAAACAACGCGAAAUUGGCAUGGGCAACACAUAUCUAAUCUGAACGAGGUAGAAUUCGUUGGUGCAGUGACGACGCGAAAUUGAUGAAUUGAAUGGUAAAGGCGAAACAGACGUGGUGCAGUGGAGAAACGAAAUGGGUUAGUUGAAUGGUGUGGACGACACAGACGUGGUGCAGUGAAUUCAAGUCAAGUCACAAGGAUUAAACCAAGAUUAAAUGUGUAUAGGAGUGUUCAGGUAGUGUCGUUUGUUUCAUUUAAUCUGAUUACACUAAAGAUGCAUAUUAGUUUAUACAGUAUUGUAUAUAUUGUUGUAAG